AUGAUGAAAGGGAAACUGACAACGGCAGAUAUCCUAUAUGAUUGCGCGACAUGGUUAUUCAAUAUUAUGCUUGACGUAUUCUUCCGGGAGAUACGUCCAAGAGGGUCACAUAAAAUACCAAAGGAAGGUCCACUGAUAUUUGUGGCUGCUCCUCACGCUAAUCAAUUUGUUGACCCGUUAAUUGUAAUGAGGGAAUGUCAUAGAAGAGUGUCUUUUUUAAUUGCAGCCAAGUCAAUGAGACAAAAAGCUAUCCGAUUCUUUGCCAACAUGGUGCAUGCAAUUCCAGUCGAGCGACCACAGGAUUUAGCUGAAACGGGUAAAGGUCGUAUUCAGUUACUCAACUCGAAGACAGACCCAUUGAGAAUUACAGGCAUCGAUACAAAGUUUACUCAGCAACUGAGACCUACAGAUUCGAUCGUCUUGCCUCGUAGUAGUGGAAAGUUGCAAGUAGCAAAGGUUAUUUCUGAUACAGAGCUUUUGAUAAGUGAACAGAUCAAAGAUAGACGCGCAUUAGAAUUUCUAGUGAAAGAAGGUGGAACAGCCUAUAAAUGCUUACCUCACAUAGACCAAGAUACGGUUUAUGAACGAGUUUACUCUGAGUUAAAUAAUGGACAAUGUAUAACUAUCUUUCCUGAGGGCGGUAGUCACGAUCGUGUAGAGAUGUUACCAUUAAAAGCCGGUGUAACAAUUAUGGCACUUGGUGCUAUGGCCAAGUAUCCUGGGCUGGAUGUAAAGAUUGUCCCUUGUGGGCUCAAUUAUUUUCAUGCACACAAGUUUAGAUCAAGAGCAGUGAUUGAAUUUGGCAAACCCAUCACAAUUUCUCCUGAUCUGGUCGAGCAAUUUAAAAAGGGCGGUCAGGCAAAAAGAGAAGCAUGCUCUUCUUUAUUAGAUACUAUCUUUUAUGCAUUAAAGAGCGUUACAGUCAAUACACCCAAUGAACAAACAUUGAUGGUUAUCCAAGCAGCCCGUCGUUUGUAUAAGCCAGCUCAUCGUCGAUUACAUAUUGCUCAAGUCGUUGAUCUCAACCGUCGCUUUGUCAUUGGAUACAAUCUGUACAAAGAUGAUCCACGUGUGAUUGAUCUUCAACAAAAGGUAUUGGCUUACAAUCAGCUCUUAAAAUACAAUGGCUUGAAAGAUCAUCAAGUGCCGGAAAUUACCAUCAGGAGAUGGAGAACAUUUUUCUUGCUCUGUUAUCGAAUUAUGAUCUUUACUGUCUGGGGGCUGCUUUCGUUUCCAGGAUCGAUUCUCAAUCUUCCCAUCGUGACCACUGCCAAAUUGAUUAGUAUGAAAAAGGCGAAGGAAGCCUUAGCAUCAUCUAGUGUAAAGGUCAGGGCCCGCGAUGUACUGGCUACUUGGAAACUUUUGGUUGGCCUCGUGCUGAUUCCAUCGUUCUACGGAUUAUAUACCCUCAUUGUAUUUUGGUUAUGCUUAAAAGCAGACUACAUAGGCUGGCUACAAAAGAUUCUGUUUCCAGCCAUUACCUGGACACUAUUACCGUUUGUUAGUUACGCCUCCAUGCGAUUUGCUGAGAAUGGCAUUGAAGUCUUCAAGUCACUGCGUCCCUUAUAUGUCGCGUUGAUAGACCCUGACAGUUCAGCUCAUUUACGAGAAAUCCGUGAAAGACUGUCAGAGGAUAUUACCAAGGUCAUUAACGAGAUUGGCCCACUUGUUUUUAGUGACUUUGACCCGAAUAAUGUAUUCAGAAGCGACUCUACAAGUAAAGAGUCUGUAUCAGAACUAGGUUCAGGCGGAAGAACAUUCUCUCAGGUAGCCAAUGAAUUUUUGACAGGCACAGCCAAAGUAUUGAUGGACGACACGAAUAUAUUCAACUGGACAAGACAAGAAGUAGAAGAUCUUACUGCAUCCGAAUCUGAGAACGACUUGCUUUAUCUUUUAGAUAAGGAAGGAUCUCUUCAAACAACCACUUCUGCAAGUGAAACAGAAAAUUUUUACUCUGAGAAGAGAAGACGAAAUAGAUCAAAAAGUUCGAGAAGGGCUAAAUUGGCUUGA